AAAUAUUUCACCAUACUGACAUAAUAUAGUUCAACGUACAGGAUAAGAUUAAUAAAUAGUGAUUAAAACAAGGUUUAGAUCGAUUGUCCAGUAAAUACAUACAAUGAUCUGUGAUAUUAUAAAAACACUUCUGUUUAUUCUGAUCUUGGGACAAGAAGUUUCAAGCGAGCUUAGACUGUCGGGAUUUCCUGAUAUCGCUACUCAUGGCGCUACAUAUCGUUUACAGUGUUCAAGAAACACAUUUUGGGGAUUGUGGUUAAGAAAAGCCAAAUUUUAUAAAAAUGGUAAUCAUGUAGCAACGGUCGAACGAAAAGCUUUUUAUAAACAAUACAGGUGUCUUCAUAAUGGAGGUAAAGAAUAUGAUUGCGAAUCAUCCCCGGCAACAAAAUCUCUAAUAAUCAACAACAUUAACAGCACCAUAGACAACAAUACUCGCUGGACUUGUAAAGGUGCAGGGACAGAGAGUAACACCUACACUAUUGUUGUCAAAACAGCUUCAGUAACGUGUUAUCUGAUAACAACCAUCACACAUGCCAUGAAAAACACGGGUAACGAUGAUGAUGGUUAUGAAAACGCAGAUGCCUCUAUUGCUGCUGCUUCUGGCGACGAUAAUGGUGAUGUUUCUAAUAAACUGGUGUUGACUGAAGGAGAUGACCUUAACUUCAAUUGUUCUAGUGACCCGACUACUAACAUAUCUUACAAAUGGGAAAUGUUUGGAGACUAUAGUCAAACCACUGUGAUUGGUAAUCAGUCGAUUUACUUUAAGCCAAACAUAACCAGAAGAGAUGCUGGUAUGUAUGUGUGUAUCGGAACCAGAGCACCGGAUUGUGAAAAGAAUGAUGUUGUCUACAUUCGAGUACAAUAUCCUCUUAGUUUAAAUAUAACUGUAAAUGAUACAUCAGAAGCCAUUGAACUGAUUUGCCGAGUGGUGGGCGGCUAUCCUACUAAUUUUACCAUGAAUAACUGGACACAUUACAUUGAUGGUCAGUUUGUGAGAGAAAUAGAAGGGGUAACAGCAGAAGAUAGAACAACUUUAAUUUUAAAUAAAACCAUAUUAAAUCAAGGAACUUAUGCAUGUAAUGCUAGUAAUGGUAUUGAAGAUUUUAAAGGGACUGUUCACCAAACAGAUGGAACACACAUCAACAUAGAAGCACCACCGAUGAUACUAGAAAUUUCCAAUGCUUCUGAAGCACGGGUUGGAUCAGAUGUUGAAAUUAAUACGGCGUUUAUAAUUGGUGGAGAUGCUCCUAACAUCACAUGGUAUCAACAGCAACAAAAUAGUUCUACUAUAGCUGAAAUAUCAGUUGAUACAAAAUCUGAACAUGUCAUCAGACCAGUAAAUAUAUAUGGUACUUUAAUAAAUAAGAACGUUACAAUUGUAUCAGGCAAUGUAACAAUUAGUGAGAUGAUGGAUCUAAAUGUUACUGUAACUGUAUGUAAUCAGUAUGGUUGUACAGAUUCUUACCAACACAUAACAGUCUUACCAGAAACAACAGUAACGCCCGUUCCUAGGAAAGCGAAUGACGAGUUGCCAGUCAACGUUUCCAUGAUAGCAGGAGGAGUAGUUGGUGCUGUUGUUCUGAUGGGUUUAAUUAUUUUGAUAAUAGUCUUGGUUAGAAGACGAUCCAGCAAUAAACGCGAAAUUGCUGGAACUGCCAGCUUCCGGUACAGGAAUCCUACGUAUGACACACGUCCAGAACAGCCAACAAAUGACCAGAUUUUAUAUGGUAAUGAUAACUUGGUGAAAAAUCAGCAACAGAUUAGAGACAAUCAGACUAUGGAAAUAAUGGAGAAUGAUCUGUAUAUUAGUGCUGAUGAUGAUCCUACACCAGAUAAAGUUGAUCACAGAGAUAAUAAUCAAAUGGAAAUAAUAGAGAACGACCUAUAUAUCAGCGCUGAAGAUGAAACGAAUCCACGUGGAACAGGACUACAGGAUGAUGAAAUGGAAAUACUGGAGAAUGAUCUUUACAUCAGUGCUGAUGAUGACACAAAAACCGAUGGAAUAGAAACAAAACCAGCAAUGGAAAUACUUGAGAAUGAUCUGUAUAUACCUGCUGAAAUAGACACUCGUAUAUUUUAAGAUAAUAAACAGAAUCCUACUGAAUAAACCCGAGAUAGAACGUUAAUAUGAGACCAUUACCAAAUCUGAUCAACUCAGUUUAAUUUAUUUAUGUUAAUUUCGAAUUGUUCAGCCCAACUUUUAAAAACAUUAAAGUCGGUUCGGGGGGAAAUAGUCAAAUAGAAAAUUUACAGCUGAAUCUAAUAUUUGCUAAAAGCGUCUUAGAUUUUUGUUUGUUCAUAGAAGUUUUAAUGGGCAUUACAUGCCAAUUUAUGUAAGAUAUGUAAAUAUUUUAAAUUGCAUUAUACUCUUGA